GGAAAGAAAAGAAAGGCCCGUACGCAACAAAAAUAACGAAAUCGUUCCCGGCUUACUUCACCUCCUUUUUACUUUUCCCAAUUUUCAGCCAAAUUGUCUGCAAAAUCUUCUAUGGUUCUUCUCUUCGCAAAUUACUUCGCUGCUUUCUUUGAACUCUAACGUUUCUGCGCUGAUCUUACUCGAAAAUGAGCUUGAUUCAUCCCAAUUGCGUUUCUCAAUCUCAAUUUGCACCUGCUCCGCUAUCCUUCCAUGGAGUGCCGCGAAGAACCAAGAAGCUCUCGGCGGUGAGGAUUUUUAAUUUAGCUGCGGCGGGGAGGAGCUUGGUGUCUUCGAACCAGACGGAGAGUAAGUCUCUACAGUUGGGCAAGUCUAGCAAGGCCAUGGAGCAGCUUGACUUCGAACGUGGCGUUUGUGUGCCUUUUCGCAAGUAUUCUCCCGAGACAGUCAGGAAUAAGGUGUUGGAAUCUAGAGGGGCAAUUGCAUCACUUAUGUUACGUGGUGUUGAAAUAGUGUGGAAUUUGGGGUUGUACUGGACGUCAUUGAUGUAUGACUGUUUCGUUGGGAGGGAUGAAGAGGUGGUUCCUUUUCGUGCUCGGCAACUUAGGAAUCUAUUGUGUGAUCUGGGCCCUUCCUUUAUCAAAGCAGGACAGGUUCUGGCAAAUAGACCUGAUAUCAUCAGAGAAGAUUACAUGAAUGAACUAUGCAUUCUUCAAGAUGACGUUCCUUCUUUCCCUAAUCAGAUUGCUUUCAGCAUUAUUGAAGAAGAAUUGGGCCAACCCCUUGAAGCAGUAUUUAGCAAAAUUUCAUCUCAAACAAUAGCAGCUGCAAGCUUGGGCCAAGUUUAUCGAGCGACCUUACGUCAGUCAGGAGAAGAUGUUGCAAUUAAGGUUCAAAGGCCUGAGAUAGAGCCUAUAAUCUAUCGGGAUCUUUUUCUGUUCCGAACACUGGCAUCCUUCUUAAAUGGCAUUAGUUUACAGAAACUGGGCUGCAAUGCUGAGCUUAUUGUUGAUGAAUUUGGUGAAAAGCUUUUGGAGGAACUUGAUUACACCUUGGAAGCCAGGAAUAUUGAAGACUUCAUUGAGAACUUCAAAAAUGAUCCCACUGUCAAAAUUCCUCGGGUUUACAAACAACUUUCUGGUUCUCGUGUUUUGGUAAUGGAAUGGAUAGAUGGCAUUCGGUGCACUGACCCACAGGCUAUUAAGGAUGCUGGAAUUGAUGUAAAUGGAUUUCUCACAGUUGGAGUAAGUGCUGCUUUGAGGCAGUUGCUCGAAUUUGGGUUAUUUCACGGCGACCCUCAUCCUGGAAAUAUUUUUGCCAUGCGUGAUGGCCGGAUUGCAUAUGUCGACUUUGGGAAUGUAGCUGUACUUAGUCAGCUAAAUAAGCAGAUAUUAAUUGAUGCUGUUGUCCAUGCUGUUAAUGAGGACUAUGCUGAGAUGGCAAACGACUUCACCAGGCUUGGUUUCUUGGCUAGCGGGACUGAUGUCUCUCCUAUCAUUCCAGCUUUAGAAGCAAUUUGGCAGAACUCUGCUGGAAAAGGACUUGCUGAUUUUAACUUUCGAAGUGUUACGGGGCAAUUUAAUAAACUGGUUUACAACUAUCCAAUCCGUAUUCCAGAGAGAUUUUCUCUUGUUAUCCGUUCUUUGUUAACUCAAGAAGGGAUCUGUUUUACAUUGAAGCCAGAUUUCAAAUUUCUUGAGGUUGCCUACCCGUAUGUGGCGAAGCGCCUUCUAACAGAUCCAAAUCCAGCUCUUCGUGAACGCCUCAUACAGGUUCUAUUUAAAGAUGGUGUUUUCCAGUGGAAACGGCUUGAAAAUCUUAUUGUUCUUGCAAAGGAAAAUGUGGCCAAGAUGAGCAGCAACCCGGCAUUGCAAGCAAAGGCCAUUCGAAGUACAAGAAACUGGCAAUUUGAGAGGAAGCUGGACCUGACAGAUACCAUUAAAGAUGGGGCUCGGCUUUUUUUCUUUGAUGAAGGAAUCCGUAGACAGCUUAUUCUUGCACUGACUGAAGACUCAAAACUCCAUGUUCAAGAGCUUGUGGAUGUGUAUAGACUGGUCGAAGACGAGAUAGACAUACCAACCAUAGCUAGGGAAGUUGUACAAGACCUGCCAAAUGUUGUUCGGGAUUUUAUGCUCUCCUGGAGUGACUCAGUUCUGUCUGACAGAUAACGAAAUUUUGGUUACUUUAGCUGUAAAUGGUACUGAAAUAUGCAGCAUAGGUAAUGUUGUAUAGGAAUCAUUUUUCUUGAUGUGCCUUUGAUAUAGUCUGAAAUAAAAUGCUGUAUUUUUUUGUACAUUUGAUGAUUGAUUUAUACACAGAAUGUGGUUCUGCUUUCUCAAAUCUGUCUUCAAUAUCUUAUAGUUGGGACAUCCAUCACAUCCCCAAGGGACGAUACUCAGCUGUAAUUUGGUUUAUGAGAAUCAAUCUUCAAAAUAAUGUUGUAUAAACAAUUAUCGUUUGU